UUGUUCGAACAUGCGGACGGCCAGUCUGAAAAAAUCAAGGACCUCAAGGCCAGUCUGUGGAUGAGCAAUAUGUUUGUCGUACUGAUUCUUCCAAAAGGACCACGGGUUCCUCCUGCGUGGCGGCAUCAGAUCUGGCCAAUAGAGUUUCAGCUUCGCCACGAAUGCGGGACCCCCUUUUUGCACCUCCUUCCUAAAGUACCUCUCAUAUCCCCUGGAUACCCAUUGGCUGCACUUGAUAUGGUUCUACAAAAUAAGGCAGUAUUUGGAAUGAAGAUGAACGACCUGCAUACCAAUGAUCCGACUUAUCCAGAUUACGUCCUGCUUAGUUACCCUCAUGAAUUCUCAAUUCACGGCGUACGGGAUCCCACAAAAUCCGGGGGUCCCGCAUUCGUGGCGAAGCUGAAACUCUAUUGGCCAGAUCUGAGGCCGCCACGCAGGAGGAACCCGUGGUCCUUUUGGAAGAAUCAGUACGACAAACAUAUUGCUCAUCCACAGACUGGCCUUGAGGUCCUUGAUUUUUUCAGGCUGGCCGUCCGCAUGUUCGAACAACUUGAAACUCCAUAUCUCGCCAUACCGCGAGGCAUCUCGUUAGAUGUGUCUGAUUUUCUUAACGGUUACUUGAACCCGGCUGGACACCCGCCUGGACUUUAUCGAAAGGUUUUUGUGCCCGUUGGUGAUUUCUCAUGUGCAGGGGUGCAUGAAAAAAUUGGGUCUCCUUACCUCAAGAAAAUGACACUUUGGGAAGAUUCGAAUGCACCGCAAGCACCGGUGGUUUACCUCUUUGAAGUUUAU